AUGAAUAACAACAAAAGUGUUUUUGUUGCUCUGAAAGAUGAAAUACAGUCAGUGUCAGUGAUAGAGGGAAAUUCUGUCCUUUUACGCAUGGAUGUUACUGAAAUACAAGACACCGACAAUAUACUGUGGAAAUUUGGAGCUGAUCAUUUUCUCAUAGCUAAAAUCAACAGAGAUAAGCAAAUCUUCUCCACAUAUGAUAGUCCUGAUGGAAGAUUUAGAGACAGGCUGAAGCUAGACAAACAGACUGGAUCUCUGAUCAUCACAGACAUCACAACUCAACAUGCUGGACAUUAUCAACUACAGAUAAUUGGUGCAAAAUGGUCAUCAAAAACAUUUAGUGUUUCUAUCUAUGGUCAUCUACCCACUCCUAACCUUACCAGAGAUUAUUCACAAAAUCUUUCAUCAUCCUCAUCCUCAUCAUCAUCAUCAUAUUGUUCAUUGGUGUGUUCAGUGGUGAAUGUGAGUCAUGUGACUCUCUCCUGGUACAAAGGAAACAGUUUAUUGUCCAGCAUCAGUGUGUCUGAUCUCAGCAUCAGUCUCUCUCUACCUCUGGAGGUGGAAUAUCAGGAUAAAAACACCUACAGCUGUGUGCUCAACAAUCCCAUCAGCAACCAGACUCAACAUCUGGACAUCAGCAAACUCUGUCAUGCAUGCCCAGUUUCUCUGAUAGUGCUGAUUUCUACUGCUGGAUCUCUGAUUGUAGCUGCAGGCGUGAUGUGCUGCAUCUGCAGGAAAUUUAGAAAAACUGUUACUUCAGUUCAGACACUGGAGGAAGACAGAACUGAUUCAUCAAAAUCUCGAAAACCGAAAGUUGAAGAGGAGGAUAUUGUGGAGUAUGUACCUGUCGUCAUGAGAUGA